UUGCUCAACGACCAGAUGUCAGAACUCAAAGUCUUCUACAAUCCAAGCUCACGAGAAAAUCUGAACUACCAAACUCUCCUGGAGAAGUGUACCGUGGAGCCUGAGACUGGCCUGCUGCUCCUUCCUGUCUGCAUCUCCUUCAAAGGUUUGCGAAGAGGAAUCUCCUCCACCGAGCUACUUGAAUCAAAGAUCAUUGACAAAGAAACAUUUGAUGACCUUCAGAAGGGAAACACCACGACUCAGGAUGUGAUGCUGAUGGAAACAGUGAAAGAAUACCUGGAGGGAAAAGGCAGCAUCGCAGGCAUUGCACUACUCUCGUCAAAUCAGAAGAUGAGCAUUUAUCAAGCAAGGAAAGAAGGCAUACUGAUGCCUGGAACAGCACUGGUUUUACUGGAGGCACAGGCUGCUACUGGGUUCAUGAUUGAUCCUGUAGAGAAUAAAAAGAGCACAGUGGAUGAGGCCAUCAAAAACCAACUUUUUGGCCCAGAAUUUCAUGCAAAGCUGCGCUCUGCUGAGCGGGCGGUAACUGGGUACAAAGACCCGUACACAGGUGACACGAUCUCUCUGUUUCAAGCACUGUCAAAAGACCUCAUUGUCAAAGAGCAUGGAAUACGUCUACUUGAGGCGCAGAUUGCUACAGGUGGAAUAAUAGACCCAAUCAACAGUCACCGACUUCCCACUGAAGUUGCCUUCAAGAGAGGUUACUUUGAUGAAGAAAUGAAAACCAUACUAGAGGACUCAGGAGAUGACACAAAAGGGUUUUUUGACCCAAACACAGAAGAGAAUCUCACUUAUCUUCAGCUGAUGGAAAGGUGCGUCAUUGAUCCUGUCACUGGACUGUGCCUUCUCCCUCUCCUCGACAAGUCAGACAAGCUGAAUUUUCAUUUCAUUGACUACAAAACUAAACUGGCCUUCAAAGAGGAGAAAGUGAAAGUGACAUGUGGAAAGUACAUGGGAAUGACAGUGUCCCUGUGGGAGCUGCUGAUGUCUGAAUACUUUGAUGAAAUUCAGAGAAGAGACAUCAUAAGAAAAUACAGAGAAGGGAAGCUCAACAUCAAAAUGAUCAUCACAAUGGUUCUGGAAGUCAUAGAAAAGUCUGUAAAAACAACUACAGUUGUUUUUGAAGGUAUCAGAGAAACAGUCACAGCCAAACAGCUUGUGGAGGCAGAUAUCAUUAGCCAGGAGGUCCUGGAAGAUCUGAAAAAAGGGAAAAAGUCAGUGAAGGAUGUGACAGAAGAUGAAAGUGUAAAUGUGUUCCUUCAGGGGAAAAGCAGUAUCGCAGGUAUUAUGCUUCCUGAUUCUCAAAUCAUGACAAUCUACCAGGCCAAACAAAAAGGAAAGCUGAUGCCAGGAACCGCUCUGAUUCUACUGGAAGCACAAGCAGCGACAGGUUUUGUCAUUGACCCCAUUGGAAACAGGAAGUUUUCAGUUGAUGAUGCUGUCAAAGCAAAAAUUGUGGGAGCGGAUGUUUGUCAAAAGCUGCGCUCAGCAGAGAAAGCAGUCACUGGGUACAAAGAUCCAAAUGAUGGGAAAAUCAUCUCAUUGUUUCAAGCCAUGCAAAAAGAUCUCAUCGUAAAAGACCAUGGAAUUCGACUCCUGGAGGCACAAAUUGCCACUGGAGGGAUCAUUGACCCAGUGAACAGCCAUCGCAUCCCUGUACAUGUGGCCUACAAGCGGGGGUUCUUUAAUGAGGAAAUGAACCAAAUUCUGAGUGAUCCAAGUGAUGACACCAAAGGCUUCUUUGACCCCAACAAUCUUGAGAACCUGACAUACCUGCAGCUCAUGGACAGAUGUGUGACUGAUCCAAGCACAGGUCUGUGCCUCUUGCCACUCAAAAGCAAAGUUAGGAAAAUUACCAUUGAUAAUAAUAUCAGGGAAACAUUCCAAACAACAACAGUGACGGUGAAGUAUGGCAGGUUCAAGGGUAAGCACACAACAAUGUGGGAUCUUAUCAAUUCAGAGUAUCUAACUGAGGACAAAAGACAGGAGUUUUUCAAGCUCUUCAAGUCAAGGAAAAUCACAAUUGAGCAAAUGAUUGUCACCAUUUUGGAAAUCAUUGAGAGCAAGGAGAUAAAACAGCAGGCAGGGCUGAAGUUUGAAGGUCUCAGAGGUGGGGUCUCUGUUGUGGACCUUUUGGAGCUUGAAAUUGUGGAUGAAAACACAUACAAUAGUUUCAUCAAUGGACAGAUAACUAGCACUGAUGUGAUGAAAAUCGACACUGUGAGGUCCUACCUUCAAGGGAAAAGCUGUGUGGCUGGAGUGAAACUGCAACCCUCAAAUAAGAAGUUAAGCAUCUAUGAGGCACAGAGAAUUGGCAUUCUAACACCUGGCACUGCUCUCUGUCUUCUCGAGGCACAAGCAGCUACCGGGUUCAUUGUUGACCCUUUAAAAAACCAAAAACUCACAGUGGAACAAGCUCUCAAAGAAAAGGUUAUCAGUCCACAGAUGUAUGAAAAGCUGUUGUCUGCAGAGAGGGCUGUCACUGGUUACACGGAUCCAUACACUGGUCAUAAGAUCUCACUUUUUCAAGCCUUGCAAAAGGAUCUUAUUGUCAAGCAGCAUGGCAUCCGCUUGCUUGAGGCCCAGAUCGCUACCGGUGGUAUCAUUGAUCCCUUGAAGUGUCUUCACUUACCCCUUGAGGUUGCAUACAGGAAAGGAUAUUUCGAUGCAGAACUUAAUCAAAUCCUGUCUGACCCCACUAUUGACACAAAGGGCUUUUUUGACCCCAAGAGCCAGGACAAUCUGACCUACAUGGAGAUGUUGGGUAGAUGUGUUCAAGAUGAGGGAACAGGAUUGUUUCUCCUGCCACUGAAUGACAAACAAAAACCCACUGAAGCCAAGGCUAAAGUGUACACUGCCACUGAAAUAAAGCAAGAAUUUGAAAAGACAGCUGUAAGCAUAUCUUUUGGACCCUUUUCAGGAAAAUCAGUUUCUUUAUGGGACUUGAUUCACUCUGGGUACUUCACUGAGGAUCAGCAGCUUGAAUUCAUUGAAAAAUACAGAACAAAGAAGGUUGACAUACAAACCAUAAUCACAAUAGUGAUUUCCAGAAUUGAAACACUGGAGAACAGUGAAACACCCACAACCAUGGGCCUGAGGAAACCUGUCUCUGCACAGCAACUUCACGAUGCUGAUGUGAUAGAUGCAGAUACAUUCAAGCAGGUAAAAGAUGGAAAAGUCACGUUUGAGGUUGUAACAGAACGUGAACCUGUGAGGGGAUAUCUAAAAGGAACUGGAAGCAUUGCUGGAAUUAAGGUUCAUCCAUCAAAAAAAGUGAUGAGUAUUUACGAAGCGCAAAAGGAAGAUCGGUUGACACCUGGUGUUGCACUUGUACUGCUUGAGGCGCAGGCUGCCACAGGAUGGGUCAUAGAUCCUAUCAAAAACAAGUCCUACGCUGUUGAUGAGGCAGCAAGAGAGAAAGUUAUUGGACCAGAUGUACUUGAGCAACUUCUCUCAGCUGAACGAGCUGCGACUGGCUAUAAAGAUCCAUAUACAGAUGCAGCAAUAUCUCUGUUUGAGGCCAUGAGUGAACAGCUGGUUCAAAGAAGCUAUGGCAUUCGUCUUCUUGAUGCACAGAUAGCAACUGGAGGAAUAAUCGACCCAAACCAAAGUCACAGACUGCCAGUUCAUGUUGCUAUCAAAAAGGGAUAUCUGGAUGAGGAUAUGCACAAAAUUCUGCUGAGCCCAACUGAUGAUACAAAGGGAUUCUUUGACCCAAAUACCAAAGAUAACCUCUCUUACCACCAGCUCAUGAAGCGAUGUGAGAAAGAUCCUGAAACUGGUCUACUUCUUCUACCCCUGUAUGAAGAGGAAUCCCAUGUACUUCACACGGAUGAGAAAGUGCAGCUUGCAUUUAAAAACAAAACUGUCCAAAUUAAUGCAGGGAAGUUCAAAAACAAAGAGGUGACAUUGUGGGAAGUGUUGCUCUCUGAAUACAUAUCAGAAAAAAAAAGGGAGCAGAUCAUGCACCAAUACAGGACAGGAGUCAUGAAAAUAGAGGAGAUCAUAGAAAUACUUACAGUCAUUGUAACAGAAGUGUCAUCAAAAGAAAAAAAGUUCAAGGGACUUAGAAAGCAGGUAUCGGCAAGUGAGUUGUAUGAGUCAAAGAUUAUAUCAAAGGAACUUUUCACACAGAUUGUAAAAGGAGAAGUGACCGAAGAAAAUGUGAACAAAAUGGAAUCAAUUCAAAAGUACCUUGGAGCCACGAACUGCAUCGCAGGUGUCAGAGUUGAAAGUACAAAGAAAAUCAUGAGCAUCUAUGAUGCUAAAAGCCGUGGCCUGCUGACUCCUGGAACUUCUCUGGUCUUGCUGGAGGCCCAGGCUGCCACUGGAUUUGUCAUUGAUCCUGUAAACAACAAGAAACUUUCUGUGGAGGAAGCAGUGGCUCAGAAAGUGGUGGGCAACGAGUGGAAAAACAAACUACUGUCAGCAGAAAGGGCAGUAACAGGAUACAAAGAUCCAUACACAGGAGACUUAAUUUCUUUGUUCCAGGCCUUGAAUAAAGACCUCAUCGUCAAAGAUCACGGCAUUCGCCUCCUUGAAGCACAAAUUGCCACUGGAGGCAUAAUUGACCCUGUCCACAGCCACAGAGUUCCUGUACAGGUGGCAUACCAAAGAGGUUACUUUGACCAGGAAAUGAAUCAGAUUCUGUCCGACUCUGAUGAUGACACCAAGGGCUUCUUUGACCCAAACAAUCAAGAUAACCUCACCUAUCUUCAGCUGAUAGAGAGGUGUGUCAAAGACCCAACUACUGAUCUCUACUUAUUGCCCAUUGUGAAGAAAGGAGAGUUUUAUUUCUUUGUUGAUGAGGCAACAAAACUCAUUCUGAAGAGUAAAACAACUACAAGAGCAGAAGGGAAAUACCAAGGAACAACAGUGUCCCUGUGGGAUCUCCUGUACUCCAAGUACAUCACUGAAGAGAAGAGGAGAGAGCUUGUGCAACAGUUCAAGUCUGGAUCAAUCACAAUUGAGCGCUUCAUGGAAAUCAUCCUCACAAUAAUACAGAAGCAGACGGCAACAACAACAACAACAACCUCUUCAUCAAUGGUCUUUAGCAAGCCACCUGAAAGAAAGGUUGACAGCAGCACAUCAUCUAAGGUUACCACCACCAUCACAGAGACAACUGAAGUUAAGAAUUUCCAUGGAAUAAGAAAGGAUGUCACUGCUUCAGAGCUGCUUGAAUCCAAAAUCAUUGAUGAGAGCCUUUACAAAGAACUACGCUCUGGAAAUGUCACAGUGACUGAAGUGAGUGAAAUGGACUCGGUGCGCAAGUACCUGGAAGGGACCAACAGUAUUGCAGGUGUCUACCUGCAGUCCACCAAGGAGACACUGAGCAUCUAUGAAGCCAAAAACCGUAGCCUGCUGACUCCUGGAACUUCUCUGGUCUUGCUGGAGGCCCAGGCUGCCACUGGAUUUGUCAUUGAUCCAGUCAACAACAAGAAACUCUCUGUGGAGGAAGCAGUGGCUCAGAAAGUGGUGGGCAAUGAGUGGAAAAACAAACUACUGUCAGCAGAAAGGGCAGUAACAGGAUACAAAGAUCCAUACACAGGAGACUUAAUUUCUUUGUUCCAGGCCUUGAAUAAAGACCUCAUCGUCAAAGAUCACGGCAUUCGCCUCCUUGAAGCACAAAUUGCCACUGGAGGCAUAAUUGACCCUGUCCACAGCCACAGAGUUCCUGUACAGGUGGCAUACGAAAGAGGUUACUUUGACCAGGAAAUGAAUCAGAUUCUGUCCGACGCUGGUGAUGACACCAAGGGCUUCUUUGACCCAAACACCCAAGAUAACCUCACCUAUCUUCAGCUGAUAGAGAGGUGUGUCAAAGAUCCCAUAACAGGCCUUAGCCUACUGGUCAUUGUGAAGAAAGGAGAGUUUUAUUUCUUUGUUGAUGAGGCAACAAAACUCCUUCUGAAGAGUAAAACAACUACAAGAGCAGAAGGGAAAUAUCAAGGAACAACAGUGUCCCUGUGGGAUCUCCUGUAUUCCAAGUACAUCACUGAAGAGAAGAGGAGAGAGCUUGUGCAACAGUUCAAGUCUGGGUCAAUCACAAUUGAGCGCUUCAUGGAAAUCAUCCUCACAAUAAUACAGAAGCAGACAACAACAACAACAUCCUCUUCAUCAAUGGUCUUUAGCAAGCCACCUGAAAGAAAGGUUGACAGCAGCACAUCAUCUAAGGUUACCACCACCAUCACAGAGACAACUGAAGUUAAGAAUUUCCAUGGAAUAAGAAAGGAUGUCACUGCUUCAGAGCUGCUUGAAUCCAAAAUCAUUGAUGAGAGCCUUUACAAAGAACUACGCUCUGGAAAUGUCACAGUGACUGAAGUGAGUGAAAUGGACUCGGUGCGCAAGUACCUGGAGGGGACCAACAGUAUUGCAGGUGUCUACCUGCAGUCCACCAAGGAGACACUGAGCAUCUAUGAAGCCAAAAACCGGGGCCUGCUGACUCCUGGAACUUCUCUGGUCUUGCUGGAGGCCCAGGCUGCCACUGGAUUUGUCAUUGACCCAGUCAACAACAAGAAACUCUCUGUGGAGGAAGCAGUGGCUCAGAAAGUGGUGGGCAAUGAGUGGAAAAACAAACUACUGUCAGCAGAAAGGGCAGUAACAGGAUACAAAGAUCCAUACACUGGCAACUUAAUUUCUUUGUUCCAGGCCUUGAAUAAAGACCUCAUCGUCAAAGAUCACGGCAUUCGCCUCCUUGAAGCACAAAUUGCCACUGGAGGCAUAAUUGACCCUGUCCACAGCCACAGAGUUCCUGUACAGGUGGCAUACGAAAGAGGUUACUUUGACCAGGAAAUGAAUCAGAUUCUGUCCGACGCUGGUGAUGACACCAAGGGCUUCUUUGACCCAAACACCCAAGAUAACCUCACCUAUCUUCAGCUGAUAGAGAGGUGUGUCAAAGAUCCCAUAACAGGCCUUAGCCUACUGGUCAUUACAACUGAAGUUAAGAAUUUCCAUGGAAUAAGAAAGGAUGUCACUGCUUCAGAGCUGCUUGAAUCCAAAAUCAUUGAUGAGAGCCUUUACAAAGAACUACGCUCUGGAAAUGUCACAGUGACUGAAGUGAGUGAAAUGGACUCGGUGCGCAAGUACCUGGAGGGGACCAACAGUAUUGCAGGUGUCUACCUGCAGUCCACCAAGGAGACACUGAGCAUCUAUGAAGCCAAAAACCGUGGCCUGCUGACUCCUGGAACUUCUCUGGUCUUGCUGGAGGCCCAGGCUGCCACUGGAUUUGUCAUUGACCCAGUCAACAACAAGAAACUCUCUGUGGAGGAAGCAGUGGCUCAGAAAGUGGUGGGCAAUGAGUGGAAAAACAAACUACUGUCAGCAGAAAGGGCAGUAACAGGAUACAAAGAUCCAUACACAGGCAACUUAAUUUCUUUGUUCCAGGCCUUGAAUAAAGACCUCAUCGUCAAAGAUCACGGCAUUCGCCUCCUUGAAGCACAAAUUGCCACUGGAGGCAUAAUUGACCCUGUCCACAGCCACAGAGUUCCUGUACAGGUGGCAUACGAAAGAGGUUACUUUGACCAGGAAAUGAAUCAGAUUCUGUCCGACGCUGGUGAUGACACCAAGGGCUUCUUUGACCCAAACACCCAAGAUAACCUCACCUAUCUUCAGCUGAUAGAGAGGUGUGUCAAAGAUCCCAUAACAGGCCUUAGCUUACUGGUCAUUGUGAAGAAAGGAGAGUUUUAUUUCUUUGUUGAUGAGGCAACAAAACUCCUUCUGAAGAGUAAAACAACUACAAGAGCAGAAGGGAAAUACCAGGGAACAACAGUGUCUCUGUGGGAUCUCCUGUACUCCAAGUACAUCACUGAAGAGAAGAGGAGAGAGCUUGUGCAACAGUUCAAGUCUGGGUCAAUCACAAUUGAGCGCUUCAUGGAACUCAUCCUCACAAUAAUACAGAAGCAGACAACAACAACAACAACAACCUCUUCAUCAAUGGUCUUUAGCAAGCCACCUGAAAGAAAGGUUGACAGCAGCACAUCAUCUAAGGUUACCACCACCAUCACAGAGACAACUGAAGUUAAGAAUUUCCAUGGAAUAAGAAAGGAUGUCACUGCUUCAGAGCUGCUUGAAUCCAAAAUCAUUGAUGAGAGCCUUUACAAAGAACUACGCUCUGGAAACGUCACAGUGACGGAAGUGAGUGAAAUGGACUCGGUGCGCAAGUACCUGGAGGGGACCAACAGUAUUGCAGGUGUCUACCUGCAGUCCACCAAGGAGACACUGAGCAUCUAUGAAGCCAAAAACCGUGGCCUACUGACUCCUGGAACUUCUCUGGUCUUGCUGGAGGCCCAAGCUGCCACUGGAUUUGUCAUUGACCCAGUCAACAACAAGAAACUUUCUGUGGAGGAAGCAGUGGCUCAGAAAGUGGUGGGCAAUGAGUGGAAAAACAAACUACUGUCAGCAGAAAGGGCUGUAACAGGAUACAAAGAUCCAUACACAGGCAAUUUAAUUUCUUUGUUCCAGGCCUUGAAUAAAGACCUCAUCGUCAAAGAUCACGGCAUUCGCCUCCUUGAAGCACAAAUUGCCACUGGAGGCAUAAUUGACCCUGUCCACAGCCACAGAGUUCCUGUACAGGUGGCAUACGAAAGAGGUUACUUUGACCAGGAAAUGAAUCAGAUUCUGUCCGACGCUGGUGAUGACACCAAGGGCUUCUUUGACCCAAACACCCAAGAUAACCUCACCUAUCUUCAGCUGAUAGAGAGGUGUGUCAAAGAUCCCAUAACAGGCCUUAGCCUACUGGUCAUUGUAAAGAAAGGAGAGUUUUAUUUCUUUGUUGAUGAGGCAACAAAACUCAUUCUGAAGAGUAAAACAACUACAAGAGCAGAAGGGAAAUACCAGGGAACAACAGUGUCCCUGUGGGAUCUCCUGUACUCCAAGUACAUCACUGAAGAGAAGAGGAGAGAGCUUGUGCAACAGUUCAAGUCUGGGUCAAUCACAAUUGAGCGCUUCAUGGAAAUCAUCCUCACAAUAAUACAGAAGCAGACAACAACAACAACAACCUCUUCAUCAAUGGUCUUUAGCAAGCCACCUGAAAGAAAGGUUGAAAGCAGCACAUCAUCUAAAGUUACCACCACCAUCACAGAGACAACUGAAGUUAAGAAUUUCCAUGGAAUAAGAAAGGAUGUCACUGCUUCAGAGCUGCUUGAAUCCAAAAUCAUUGAUGAGAGCCUUUACAAAGAACUACGCUCUGGAAAUGUCACAGUGACUGAAGUGAGUGAAAUGGACUCGGUGCGCAAGUACCUGGAGGGGACCAACAGUAUUGCAGGUGUCUACCUGCAGUCCACCAAGGAGACACUGAGCAUCUAUGAAGCCAAAAACCGUGGCCUGCUGACUCCUGGAACUUCUCUGGUCUUGCUGGAGGCCCAGGCUGCCACUGGAUUUGUCAUUGAUCCAGUCAACAACAAGAAACUUUCUGUGGAGGAAGCAGUGGCUCAGAAAGUGGUGGGCAAUGAGUGGAAAAACAAACUACUGUCAGCAGAAAGGGCAGUAACAGGGUACAAAGAUCCAUACACAGGCAACUUAAUUUCUCUGUUCCAGGCCUUGAAUAAAGACCUCAUCGUCAAAGAUCACGGCAUUCGCCUCCUUGAAGCACAAAUUGCCACUGGAGGCAUAAUUGACCCUGUCUACAGCCACAGAGUUCCUGUACAGGUGGCAUACGAAAGAGGUUACUUUGACCAGGAAAUGAAUCAGAUUCUGUCCGACGCUGGUGAUGACACCAAGGGCUUCUUUGACCCAAACACCCAAGAUAACCUCACCUAUCUUCAGCUGAUAGAGAGGUGUGUCAAAGAUCCCAUAACAGGCCUUAGCCUACUGGUCAUUGUGAAGAAAGGAGAGUUUUAUUUCUUUGUUGAUGAGGCAACAAAACUCAUUCUGAAGAGUAAAACAACUACAAGAGCAGAAGGGAAAUAUCAGGGAACAACAGUGUCCCUGUGGGAUCUCCUGUACUCCAAGUACAUCACUGAAGAGAAGAGGAGAGAGCUUGUGCAACAGUUCAAGUCUGGGUCAAUCACAAUUGAGCGCUUCAUGGAAAUCAUCCUCACAAUAAUACAGAAGCAGACAACAACAACAACAACAACAACAACCUCUUCAUCAAUGGUCUUUAGCAAGCCACCUGAAAGAAAGGUUGACAGCAGCACAUCAUCUAAGGUUACCACCACCAUCACAGAGACAACUGAAGUUAAGAAUUUCCAUGGAAUAAGAAAGGAUGUCACUGCUUCAGAGCUGCUUGAAUCCAAAAUCAUUGAUGAGAGCCUUUACAAAGAACUACGCUCUGGAAAUGUCACAGUGACUGAAGUGAGUGAAAUGGACUCGGUGCGCAAGUACCUUGAGGGGACCAACAGUAUUGCGGGUGUCUACCUGCAGUCCACCAAUGAGACACUGAGCAUCUAUGAAGCCAAAAACCGUGGCCUGCUGACUCCUGGAACUUCUCUGGUCUUGCUGGAGGCCCAGGCUGCCACUGGAUUUGUCAUUGAUCCAGUCAACAACAAGAAACUUUCUGUGGAGGAAGCAGUGGCUCAGAAAGUGGUGGGCAAUGAGUGGAAAAACAAACUACUGUCAGCAGAAAGGGCUGUAACAGGAUACAAAGAUCCAUACACAGGCAACUUAAUUUCUUUGUUCCAGGCCUUGAAUAAAGACCUCAUCGUCAAAGAUCACGGCAUUCGCCUCCUUGAAGCACAAAUUGCCACUGGAGGCAUAAUUGACCCUGUCCACAGCCACAGAGUUCCUGUACAGGUGGCAUACGAAAGAGGUUACUUUGACCAGGAAAUGAAUCAGAUUCUGUCCGACGCUGGUGAUGACACCAAGGGCUUCUUUGACCCAAACACCCAAGAUAACCUCACCUAUCUUCAGCUGAUAGAGAGGUGUGUCAAAGAUCCCAUAACAGGCCUUAGCCUACUGGUCAUUGUGAAGAAAGGAGAGUUUUAUUUCUUUGUUGAUGAGGCAACAAAACUCAUUCUGAAGAGUAAAACAACUACAAGAGCAGAAGGGAAAUAUCAGGGAACAACAGUGUCCCUGUGGGAUCUCCUGUACUCCAAGUACAUCACUGAAGAGAAGAGGAGAGAGCUUGUGCAACAGUUCAAGUCUGGGUCAAUCACAAUUGAGCGCUUCAUGGAAAUCAUCCUCACAAUAAUACAGAAGCAGACAACAACAACAACAACAACAACAACCUCUUCAUCAAUGGUCUUUAGCAAGCCACCUGAAAGAAAGGUUGACAGCAGCACAUCAUCUAAGGUUACCACCACCAUCACAGAGACAACUGAAGUUAAGAAUUUCCAUGGAAUAAGAAAGGAUGUCACUGCUUCAGAGCUGCUUGAAUCCAAAAUCAUUGAUGAGAGCCUUUACAAAGAACUACGCUCUGGAAAUGUCACAGUGACUGAAGUGAGUGAAAUGGACUCGGUGCGCAAGUACCUGGAGGGGACCAACAGUAUUGCAGGUGUCUACCUGCAGUCCACCAAGGAGACACUGAGCAUCUAUGAAGCCAAAAACCGUGGCCUACUGACUCCUGGAACUUCUCUGGUCUUGCUGGAGGCCCAGGCUGCCACUGGAUUUGUCAUUGAUCCAGUCAACAACAAGAAACUUUCUGUGGAGGAAGCAGUGGCUCAGAAAGUGGUGGGCAAUGAGUGGAAAAACAAACUACUGUCAGCAGAAAGGGCAGUAACAGGGUACAAAGAUCCAUACACAGGCAACUUAAUUUCUUUGUUCCAGGCCUUGAAUAAAGACCUCAUCGUCAAAGAUCACGGCAUUCGCCUCCUUGAAGCACAAAUUGCCACUGGAGGCAUAAUUGACCCUGUCCACAGCCACAGAGUUCCUGUACAGGUGGCAUACGAAAGAGGUUACUUUGACCAGGAAAUGAAUCAGAUUCUGUCCGACGCUGGUGAUGACACCAAGGGCUUCUUUGACCCAAACACCCAAGAUAACCUCACCUAUCUUCAGCUGAUAGAGAGGUGUGUCAAAGAUCCCAUAACAGGCCUUAGCCUACUGGUCAUUGUGAAGAAAGGAGAGUUUUAUUUCUUUGUUGAUGAGGCAACAAAACUCCUUCUGAAGAGUAAAACAACUACAAGAGCAGAAGGGAAAUACCUGGGAACAACAGUGUCCCUGUGGGAUCUCCUGUACUCCAAGUACAUCACUGAAGAGAAGAGGAGAGAGCUUGUGCAACAGUUCAAGUCUGGAUCAAUCACAAUUGAGCGCUUCAUGGAAAUCAUCCUCACAAUAAUACAGAAGCAGACAACAACAACAACAACAACCUCUUCAUCAAUGGUCUUUAGCAAGCCACCUGAAAGAAAGGUUGACAGCAGCACAUCAUCUAAAGUUACCACCACCAUCACAGAGACAACUGAAGUUAAGAAUUUCCAUGGAAUAAGAAAGGAUGUCACUGCUUCAGAGCUGCUUGAAUCCAAAAUCAUUGAUGAGAGCCUUUACAAAGAACUACGCUCUGGAAAUGUCACAGUGACUGAAGUGAGUGAAAUGGACUCGGUGCGCAAGUACCUGGAGGGGACCAACAGUAUUGCAGGUGUCUACCUGCAGUCCACCAAGGAGACACUGAGCAUCUAUGAAGCCAAAAACCGGGGCCUGCUGACUCCUGGAACUUCUCUGGUCUUGCUGGAGGCCCAGGCUGCCACUGGAUUUGUCACUGACCCAGUCAACAACAAGAAACUUUCUGUGGAGGAAGCAGUGGCUCAGAAAGUGGUGGGCAAUGAGUGGAAAAACAAACUACUGUCAGCAGAAAGGGCAGUAACAGGAUACAAAGAUCCAUACACAGGCAACUUAAUUUCUUUGUUCCAGGCCUUGAAUAAAGACCUCAUCGUCAAAGAUCACGGCAUUCGCCUCCUUGAAGCACAAAUUGCCACUGGAGGCAUAAUUGACCCUGUCCACAGCCACAGAGUUCCUGUACAGGUGGCAUACGAAAGAGGUUACUUUGACCAGGAAAUGAAUCAGAUUCUGUCCGACGCUGGUGAUGACACCAAGGGCUUCUUUGACCCAAACACCCAAGAUAACCUCACCUAUCUUCAGCUGAUAGAGAGGUGUGUCAAAGAUCCCAUAACAGGCCUUAGCCUACUGGUCAUUGUGAAGAAAGGAGAGUUUUAUUUCUUUGUUGAUGAGGCAACAAAACUCCUUCUGAAGAGUAAAACAACUACAAGAGCAGAAGGGAAAUAUCAGGGAACAACAGGGUCCCUGUGGGAUCUCCUGUACUCCAAGUACAUCACUGAAGAGAAGAGGAGAGAGCUUGUGCAACAGUUCAAGUCUGGGUCAAUCACAAUUGAGCGCUUCAUGGAAAUCAUCCUCACAAUAAUACAGAAGCAGACAACAACAACAACAACAACCUCUUCAUCAAUGGUCUUUAGCAAGCCACCUGAAAGAAAGGUUGACAGCAGCACAUCAUCUAAGGUUACCACCACCAUCACAGAGACAACUGAAGUUAAGAAUUUCCAUGGAAUAAGAAAGGAUGUCACUGCUUCAGAGCUGCUUGAAUCCAAAAUCAUUGAUGAGAGCCUUUACAAAGAACUACGCUCUGGAAAUGUCACAGUGACUGAAGUGAGUGAAAUGGACUCGGUGCGCAAGUACCUGGAGGGGACCAACAGUAUUGCAGGAGUCUACCUGCAGUCCACCAAGGAGACACUGAGCAUCUAUGAAGCCAAAAACCGGGGCCUGCUGACUCCUGGAACUUCUCUGGUCUUGCUGGAGGCCCAGGCUGCCACUGGAUUUGUUAUUGACCCAGUCAACAACAAGAAACUCUCUGUGGAGGAAGCAGUGGCUCAGAAAGUGGUGGGCAAUGAGUGGAAAAACAAACUACUGUCAGCAGAAAGGGCAGUAACAGGAUAUAAAGAUCCAUACACUGGAGACUUAAUUUCUUUGUUCCAGGCCUUGAAUAAAGACCUCAUCGUCAAAGAUCACGGCAUUCGCCUCCUUGAAGCACAAAUUGCCACUGGAGGCAUAAUUGACCCUGUCCACAGCCACAGAGUUCCUGUACAGGUGGCAUAUGAAAGAGGUUACUUUGACCAGGAAAUGAAUCAGAUUCUGUCCGACGCUGGUGAUGACACCAAGGGCUUCUUUGACCCAAACACCCAAGAUAACCUCACCUAUCUUCAGCUGAUAGAGAGGUGUGUCAAAGAUCCCAUAACAGGCCUUAGCCUACUGGUCAUUGUGAAGAAAGGAGAGUUUUAUUUCUUUGUUGAUGAGGCAACAAAACUCCUUCUGAAGAGUAAAACAACUACAAGAGCAGAAGGGAAAUAUCAGGGAACAACAGUGUCCCUGUGGGAUCUCCUGUACUCCAAGUACAUCACUGAAGAGAAGAGGAGAGAGCUUGUGCAACAGUUCAAGUCUGGGUCAAUCACAAUUGAGCGCUUCAUGGAAAUCAUCCUCACAAUAAUACAGAAGCAGACAACAACAACAACAACAACAACAACCUCUUCAUCAAUGGUCUUUAGCAAGCCACCUGAAAGAAAGGUUGACAGCAGCACAUCAUCUAAAGUUACCACCACCAUCACAGAGACAACUGAAGUUAAGAAUUUCCAUGGAAUAAGAAAGGAUGUCACUGCUUCAGAGCUGCUUGAAUCCAAAAUCAUUGAUGAGAGCCUUUACAAAGAACUACGCUCUGGAAAUGUCACAGUGACUGAAGUGAGUGAAAUGGACUCGGUGCGCAAGUACCUGGAGGGGACCAACAGUAUUGCAGGUGUCUACCUGCAGUCCACCAAGGAGACACUGAGCAUCUAUGAAGCCAAAAACCGGGGCCUGCUGACUCCUGGAACUUCUCUGGUCUUGCUGGAGGCCCAGGCUGCCACUGGAUUUGUCAUUGACCCAGUCAACAACAAGAAACUUUCUGUGGAGGAAGCAGUGGCUCAGAAAGUGGUGGGCAAUGAGUGGAAAAACAAACUACUGUCAGCAGAAAGGGCAGUAACAGGAUACAAAGAUCCAUACACAGGCAACUUAAUUUCUUUGUUCCAGGCCUUGAAUAAAGACCUCAUCGUCAAAGAUCACGGCAUUCGCCUCCUUGAAGCACAAAUUGCCACUGGAGGCAUAAUUGACCCUGUCCACAGCCACAGAGUUCCUGUACAGGUGGCAUACGAAAGAGGUUACUUUGACCAGGAAAUGAAUCAGAUUCUGUCCGACGCUGGUGAUGACACCAAGGGCUUCUUUGACCCAAACACCCAAGAUAACCUCACCUAUCUUCAGCUGAUAGAGAGGUGUGUCAAAGAUCCCAUAACAGGCCUUAGCCUACUGGUCAUUGUGAAGAAAGGAGAGUUUUAUUUCUUUGUUGAUGAGGCAACAAAACUCAUUCUGAAGAGUAAAACAACUACAAGAGCAGAAGGGAAAUAUCAGGGAACAACAGUGUCCCUGUGGGAUCUCCUGUACUCCAAGUACAUCACUGAAGAGAAGAGGAGAGAGCUUGUGCAACAGUUCAAGUCUGGGUCAAUCACAAUUGAGCGCUUCAUGGAAAUCAUCCUCACAAUAAUACAGAAGCAGACAACAACAACAACAACAACAACAACCUCUUCAUCAAUGGUCUUUAGCAAGCCACCUGAAAGAAAGGUUGACAGCAGCACAUCAUCUAAGGUUACCACCACCAUCACAGAGACAACUGAAGUUAAGAAUUUCCAUGGAAUAAGAAAGGAUGUCACUGCUUCAGAGCUGCUUGAAUCCAAAAUCAUUGAUGAGAGCCUUUACAAAGAACUACGCUCUGGAAAUGUCACAGUGACUGAAGUGAGUGAAAUGGACUCGGUGCGCAAGUACCUUGAGGGGACCAACAGUAUUGCGGGUGUCUACCUGCAGUCCACCAAUGAGACACUGAGCAUCUAUGAAGCCAAAAACCGUGGCCUGCUGACUCCUGGAACUUCUCUGGUCUUGCUGGAGGCCCAGGCUGCCACUGGAUUUGUCAUUGAUCCAGUCAACAACAAGAAACUUUCUGUGGAGGAAGCAGUGGCUCAGAAAGUGGUGGGCAAUGAGUGGAAAAACAAACUACUGUCAGCAGAAAGGGCAGUAACAGGAUACAAAGAUCCAUACACAGGCAACUUAAUUUCUUUGUUCCAGGCCUUGAAUAAAGACCUCAUCGUCAAAGAUCACGGCAUUCGCCUCCUUGAAGCACAAAUUGCCACUGGAGGCAUAAUUGACCCUGUCCACAGCCACAGAGUUCCUGUACAGGUGGCAUACGAAAGAGGUUACUUUGACCAGGAAAUGAAUCAGAUUCUGUCCGACGCUGGUGAUGACACCAAGGGCUUCUUUGACCCAAACACCCAAGAUAACCUCACCUAUCUUCAGCUGAUAGAGAGGUGUGUCAAAGAUCCCAUAACAGGCCUUAGCCUACUGGUCAUUGUGAAAAAAGGAGAGUUUUAUUUCUUUGUUGAUGAGGCAACAAAACUCCUUCUGAAGAGUAAAACAACUACAAGAGCAGAAGGGAAAUACCAGGGAACAACAGUGUCCCUGUGGGAUCUCCUGUACUCCAAGUACAUCACUGAAGAGAAGAGGAGAGAGCUUGUGCAACAGUUCAAGUCUGGGUCAAUCACAAUUGAGCGCUUCAUGGAAAUCAUCCUCACAAUAAUACAGAAGCAGACAACAACAACAACAACAACCUCUUCAUCAAUGGUCUUUAGCAAGCCACCUGAAAGAAAGGUUGACAGCAGCACAUCAUCUAAGGUUACCACCACCAUCACAGAGACAACUGACGUUAAGAAUUUCCAUGGAAUAAGAAAGGAUGUCACUGCUUCAGAGCUGCUUGAAUCCAAAAUCAUUGAUGAGAGCCUUUACAAAGAACUACGCUCUGGAAAUGUCACAGUGACUGAAGUGAGUGAAAUGGACUCGGUGCGCAAGUACCUGGAGGGGACCAACAGUAUUGCAGGUGUCUACCUGCAGUCCACCAAGGAGACACUGAGCAUCUAUGAAGCCAAAAACCGUGGCCUACUGACUCCUGGAACUUCUCUGGUCUUGCUGGAGGCCCAGGCUGCCACUGGAUUUGUCAUUGAUCCAGUCAACAACAAGAAACUUUCUGUGGAGGAAGCAGUGGCUCAGAAAGUGGUGGGCAAUGAGUGGAAAAACAAACUACUGUCAGCAGAAAGGGCAGUAACAGGGUACAAAGAUCCAUACACAGGCAACUUAAUUUCUUUGUUCCAGGCCUUGAAUAAAGACCUCAUCGUCAAAGAUCACGGCAUUCGCCUCCUUGAAGCACAAAUUGCCACUGGAGGCAUAAUUGACCCUGUCCACAGCCACAGAGUUCCUGUACAGGUGGCAUACGAAAGAGGUUACUUUGACCAGGAAAUGAAUCAGAUUCUGUCCGACGCUGGUGAUGACACCAAGGGCUUCUUUGACCCAAACACCCAAGAUAACCUCACCUAUCUUCAGCUGAUAGAGAGGUGUGUCAAAGAUCCCAUAACAGGCCUUAGCCUACUGGUCAUUGUGAAGAAAGGAGAGUUUUAUUUCUUUGUUGAUGAGGCAACAAAACUCCUUCUGAAGAGUAAAACAACUACAAGAGCAGAAGGGAAAUACCUGGGAACAACAGUGUCCCUGUGGGAUCUCCUGUACUCCAAGUACAUCACUGAAGAGAAGAGGAGAGAGCUUGUGCAACAGUUCAAGUCUGGAUCAAUCACAAUUGAGCGCUUCAUGGAAAUCAUCCUCACAAUAAUACAGAAGCAGACAACAACAACAACAACAACAACCUCUUCAUCAAUGGUCUUUAGCAAGCCACCUGAAAGAAAGGUUGACAGCAGCACAUCAUAAGUUACCACCACCAUCACAGAGACAACUGAAGUUAAGAAUUUCCAUGGAAUAAGAAAGGAUGUCACUGCUUCAGAGCUGCUUGAAUCCAAAAUCAUUGAUGAGAGCCUUUACAAAGAACUACGCUCUGGAAAUGUCACAGUGACUGAAGUGAGUGAAAUGGACUCGGUGCGCAAGUACCUGGAGGGGACCAACAGUAUUGCAGGUGUCUACCUGCAGUCCACCAAGGAGACACUGAGCAUCUAUGAAGCCAAAAACCGGGGCCUGCUGACUCCUGGAACUUCUCUGGUCUUGCUGGAGGCCCAGGCUGCCACUGGAUUUGUCAUUGACCCAGUCAACAACAAGAAACUUUCUGUGGAGGAAGCAGUGGCUCAGAAAGUGGUGGGCAAUGAGUGGAAAAACAAACUACUGUCAGCAGAAAGGGCAGUAACAGGAUACAAAGAUCCAUACACAGGCAACUUAAUUUCUUUGUUCCAGGCCUUGAAUAAAGACCUCAUCGUCAAAGAUCACGGCAUUCGCCUCCUUGAAGCACAAAUUGCCACUGGAGGCAUAAUUGACCCUGUCCACAGCCACAGAGUUCCUGUACAGGUGGCAUACGAAAGAGGUUACUUUGACCAGGAAAUGAAUCAGAUUCUGUCCGACGCUGGUGAUGACACCAAGGGCUUCUUUGACCCAAACACCCAAGAUAACCUCACCUAUCUUCAGCUGAUAGAGAGGUGUGUCAAAGAUCCCAUAACAGGCCUUAGCCUACUGGUCAUUGUGAAGAAAGGAGAGUUUUAUUUCUUUGUUGAUGAGGCAACAAAACUCAUUCUGAAGAGUAAAACAACUACAAGAGCAGAAGGGAAAUAUCAGGGAACAACAGUGUCCCUGUGGGAUCUCCUGUACUCCAAGUACAUCACUGAAGAGAAGAGGAGAGAGCUUGUGCAACAGUUCAAGUCUGGGUCAAUCACAAUUGAGCGCUUCAUGGAAAUCAUCCUCACAAUAAUACAGAAGCAGACAACAACAACAACAACAACAACCUCUUCAUCAAUGGUCUUUAGCAAGCCACCUGAAAGAAAGGUUGACAGCAGCACAUCAUCUAAGGUUACCACCACCAUCACAGAGACAACUGAAGUUAAGAAUUUCCAUGGAAUAAGAAAGGAUGUCACUGCUUCAGAGCUGCUUGAAUCCAAAAUCAUUGAUGAGAGCCUUUACAAAGAACUACGCUCUGGAAAUGUCACAGUGACUGAAGUGAGUGAAAUGGACUCGGUGCGCAAGUACCUUGAGGGGACCAACAGUAUUGCGGGUGUCUACCUGCAGUCCACCAAUGAGACACUGAGCAUCUAUGAAGCCAAAAACCGUGGCCUGCUGACUCCUGGAACUUCUCUGGUCUUGCUGGAGGCCCAGGCUGCCACUGGAUUUGUCAUUGAUCCAGUCAACAACAAGAAACUUUCUGUGGAGGAAGCAGUGGCUCAGAAAGUGGUGGGCAAUGAGUGGAAAAACAAACUACUGUCAGCAGAAAGGGCAGUAACAGGAUACAAAGAUCCAUACACAGGCAACUUAAUUUCUUUGUUCCAGGCCUUGAAUAAAGACCUCAUCGUCAAAGAUCACGGCAUUCGCCUCCUUGAAGCACAAAUUGCCACUGGAGGCAUAAUUGACCCUGUCCACAGCCACAGAGUUCCUGUACAGGUGGCAUACGAAAGAGGUUACUUUGACCAGGAAAUGAAUCAGAUUCUGUCCGACGCUGGUGAUGACACCAAGGGCUUCUUUGACCCAAACACCCAAGAUAACCUCACCUAUCUUCAGCUGAUAGAGAGGUGUGUCAAAGAUCCCAUAACAGGCCUUAGCCUACUGGUCAUUGUGAAGAAAGGAGAGUUUUAUUUCUUUGUUGAUGAGGCAACAAAACUCAUUCUGAAGAGUAAAACAACUACAAGAGCAGAAGGGAAAUAUCAGGGAACAACAGUGUCCCUGUGGGAUCUCCUGUACUCCAAGUACAUCACUGAAGAGAAGAGGAGAGAGCUUGUGCAACAGUUCAAGUCUGGGUCAAUCACAAUUGAGCGCUUCAUGGAAAUCAUCCUCACAAUAAUACAGAAGCAGACAACAACAACAACAACAACAACAACCUCUUCAUCAAUGGUCUUUAGCAAGCCACCUGAAAGAAAGGUUGACAGCAGCACAUCAUCUAAGGUUACCACCACCAUCACAGAGACAACUGAAGUUAAGAAUUUCCAUGGAAUAAGAAAGGAUGUCACUGCUUCAGAGCUGCUUGAAUCCAAAAUCAUUGAUGAGAGCCUUUACAAAGAACUACGCUCUGGAAAUGUCACAGUGACUGAAGUGAGUGAAAUGGACUCGGUGCGCAAGUACCUUGAGGGGACCAACAGUAUUGCGGGUGUCUACCUGCAGUCCACCAAUGAGACACUGAGCAUCUAUGAAGCCAAAAACCGUGGCCUGCUGACUCCUGGAACUUCUCUGGUCUUGCUGGAGGCCCAGGCUGCCACUGGAUUUGUCAUUGAUCCAGUCAACAACAAGAAACUUUCUGUGGAGGAAGCAGUGGCUCAGAAAGUGGUGGGCAAUGAGUGGAAAAACAAACUACUGUCAGCAGAAAGGGCAGUAACAGGAUACAAAGAUCCAUACACAGGCAACUUAAUUUCUUUGUUCCAGGCCUUGAAUAAAGACCUCAUCGUCAAAGAUCACGGCAUUCGCCUCCUUGAAGCACAAAUUGCCACUGGAGGCAUAAUUGACCCUGUCCACAGCCACAGAGUUCCUGUACAGGUGGCAUACGAAAGAGGUUACUUUGACCAGGAAAUGAAUCAGAUUCUGUCCGACGCUGGUGAUGACACCAAGGGCUUCUUUGACCCAAACACCCAAGAUAACCUCACCUAUCUUCAGCUGAUAGAGAGGUGUGUCAAAGAUCCCAUAACAGGCCUUAGCCUACUGGUCAUUGUGAAGAAAGGAGAGUUUUAUUUCUUUGUUGAUGAGGCAACAAAACUCCUUCUGAAGAGUAAAACAACUACAAGAGCAGAAGGGAAAUACCAGGGAACAACAGUGUCCCUGUGGGAUCUCCUGUACUCCAAGUACAUCACUGAAGAGAAGAGGAGAGAGCUUGUGCAACAGUUCAAGUCUGGGUCAAUCACAAUUGAGCGCUUCAUGGAAAUCAUCCUCACAAUAAUACAGAAGCAGACAACAACAACAACAACAACCUCUUCAUCAAUGGUCUUUAGCAAGCCACCUGAAAGAAAGGUUGACAGCAGCACAUCAUCUAAGGUUACCACCACCAUCACAGAGACAACUGAAGUUAAGAAUUUCCAUGGAAUAAGAAAGGAUGUCACUGCUUCAGAGCUGCUUGAAUCCAAAAUCAUUGAUGAGAGCCUUUACAAAGAACUACGCUCUGGAAAUGUCACAGUGACUGAAGUGAGUGAAAUGGACUCGGUGCGCAAGUACCUGGAGGGGACCAACAGUAUUGCAGGUGUCUACCUGCAGUCCACCAAGGAGACACUGAGCAUCUAUGAAGCCAAAAACCGUGGCCUACUGACUCCUGGAACUUCUCUGGUCUUGCUGGAGGCCCAGGCUGCCACUGGAUUUGUCAUUGAUCCAGUCAACAACAAGAAACUUUCUGUGGAGGAAGCAGUGGCUCAGAAAGUGGUGGGCAAUGAGUGGAAAAACAAACUACUGUCAGCAGAAAGGGCAGUAACAGGGUACAAAGAUCCAUACACAGGCAACUUAAUUUCUUUGUUCCAGGCCUUGAAUAAAGACCUCAUCGUCAAAGAUCACGGCAUUCGCCUCCUUGAAGCACAAAUUGCCACUGGAGGCAUAAUUGACCCUGUCCACAGCCACAGAGUUCCUGUACAGGUGGCAUACGAAAGAGGUUACUUUGACCAGGAAAUGAAUCAUAUUCUGUCCGACGCUGGUGAUGACACCAAGGGCUUCUUUGACCCAAACACCCAAGAUAACCUCACCUAUCUUCAGCUGAUAGAGAGGUGUGUCAAAGAUCCCAUAACAGGCCUUAGCCUACUGGUCAUUGUGAAGAAAGGAGAGUUUUAUUUCUUUGUUGAUGAGGCAACAAAACUCCUUCUGAAGAGUAAAACAACUACAAGAGCAGAAGGGAAAUACCUGGGAACAACAGUGUCCCUGUGGGAUCUCCUGUACUCCAAGUACAUCACUGAAGAGAAGAGGAGAGAGCUUGUGCAACAGUUCAAGUCUGGAUCAAUCACAAUUGAGCGCUUCAUGGAAAUCAUCCUCACAAUAAUACAGAAGCAGACAACAACAACAACAACCUCUUCAUCAAUGGUCUUUAGCAAGCCACCUGAAAGAAAGGUUGACAGCAGCACAUCAUCUAAAGUUACCACCACCAUCACAGAGACAACUGAAGUUAAGAAUUUCCAUGGAAUAAGAAAGGAUGUCACUGCUUCAGAGCUGCUUGAAUCCAAAAUCAUUGAUGAGAGCCUUUACAAAGAACUACGCUCUGGAAAUGUCACAGUGACUGAAGUGAGUGAAAUGGACUCGGUGCGCAAGUACCUGGAGGGGACCAACAGUAUUGCAGGUGUCUACCUGCAGUCCACCAAGGAGACACUGAGCAUCUAUGAAGCCAAAAACCGGGGCCUGCUGACUCCUGGAACUUCUCUGGUCUUGCUGGAGGCCCAGGCUGCCACUGGAUUUGUCAUUGACCCAGUCAACAACAAGAAACUUUCUGUGGAGGAAGCAGUGGCUCAGAAAGUGGUGGGCAAUGAGUGGAAAAACAAACUACUGUCAGCAGAAAGGGCAGUAACAGGAUACAAAGAUCCAUACACAGGCAACUUAAUUUCUUUGUUCCAGGCCUUGAAUAAAGACCUCAUCGUCAAAGAUCACGGCAUUCGCCUCCUUGAAGCACAAAUUGCCACUGGAGGCAUAAUUGACCCUGUCCACAGCCACAGAGUUCCUGUACAGGUGGCAUACGAAAGAGGUUACUUUGACCAGGAAAUGAAUCAGAUUCUGUCCGACGCUGGUGAUGACACCAAGGGCUUCUUUGACCCAAACACCCAAGAUAACCUCACCUAUCUUCAGCUGAUAGAGAGGUGUGUCAAAGAUCCCAUAACAGGCCUUAGCCUACUGGUCAUUGUGAAGAAAGGAGAGUUUUAUUUCUUUGUUGAUGAGGCAACAAAACUCAUUCUGAAGAGUAAAACAACUACAAGAGCAGAAGGGAAAUAUCAGGGAACAACAGUGUCCCUGUGGGAUCUCCUGUACUCCAAGUACAUCACUGAAGAGAAGAUGAGAGAGCUUGUGCAACAGUUCAAGUCUGGGUCAAUCACAAUUGAGCGCUUCAUGGAAAUCAUCCUCACAAUAAUACAGAAGCAGACAACAACAACAACAACAACCUCUUCAUCAAUGGUCUUUAGCAAGCCACCUGAAAGAAAGGUUGACAGCAGCACAUCAUCUAAGGUUACCACCACCAUCACAGAGACAACUGAAGUUAAGAAUUUCCAUGGAAUAAGAAAGGAUGUCACUGCUUCAGAGCUGCUUGAAUCCAAAAUCAUUGAUGAGAGCCUUUACAAAGAACUACGCUCUGGAAAUGUCACAGUGACUGAAGUGAGUGAAAUGGACUCGGUGCGCAAGUACCUGGAGGGGACCAACAGUAUUGCAGGAGUCUACUUGCAGUCCACCAAGGAGACACUGAGCAUCUAUGAAGCCAAAAGCCGGGGCCUACUGACUCCUGGAACUUCUCUGGUCUUGCUGGAGGCCCAGGCUGCCACUGGAUUUGUCAUUGAUCCAGUCAACAACAAGAAACUUUCUGUGGAGGAAGCAGUGGCUCAGAAAGUGGUGGGCAAUGAGUGGAAAAACAAACUACUGUCAGCAGAAAGGGCAGUAACAGGAUACAAAGAUCCAUACACAGGCAAUUUAAUUUCUUUGUUCCAGGCCUUGAAUAAAGACCUCAUCGUCAAAGAUCACGGCAUUCGCCUCCUUGAAGCACAAAUUGCCACUGGAGGCAUAAUUGACCCUGUCCACAGCCACAGAGUUCCUGUACAGGUGGCAUACGAAAGAGGUUACUUUGACCAGGAAAUGAAUCAGAUUCUGUCCGACGCUGGUGAUGACACCAAGGGCUUCUUUGACCCAAACAAUCAAGAGAACCUCACCUAUCUUCAGCUGAUAGAGAGGUGUGUCAAAGAUCCCAUAACAGGCCUUAGCCUACUUUCAUUGCAGCGGUAAAGGAAUUAUAUCUUUUGUUUAAAAACUUUUGAUCUGCUCUGCUCACCAUUUCAAAUGGUAAUAGAAAACUGUAGUGGUUUUUUUUUUUCUUUAACUUACAGAAUAUUCUACAUUUUGAUGUAACUUUACUUUAAAGAAUGAUUAGAGAAAAAAAAUCCUUAAAGCACUGUACAGAUUUCCCUGAACCAUUGCUGAUUAUGAGAAAAUAUUUUUGAGAUAGAUAUUCUUCUUUUUUGUUAUAAGAAGAGAUGUCUUGAGAAUUCAUUUCACUGGGGAUGAAGCUAGUGUCCUAACAACCCAGAGCCAUGAGACUGCACACACAUUUUCACAGCCUGCAGAUAGUCUCAUUUGAGGAUUAAUUUCAUGAUGCCAGUCUUCUACAUGUGUGGACUUCAAUAUUAAUACUUGCAUCCAUCUUUGUUUUGUCAAAUGUUUCCUUUUUAAUACAGUGUGACCUUUCAAGAGUUAAAACUCAUUCUGUGGCCUUGGAUUGUAUAUAUGUUUUAGCAUCUUUGUUGUCCUUUGUUGACCCUCUGUUGUGUCUGUGCUAUCUAACAUUCUAUAUUCAUGAUACUUAAUUUCCUGUUUACAUUUUUUGUAGCAAUUAUGGAUUUGCCAUGUUUUACGCUAUGUGCAUCAUCAUCCAACCUUUUUGUCUCAAACUUUCUUACUGAUCAUACCAAUAAACAAGUGAUGUAUGAAUAACACA